ACAAACAGACGCAUGGAAUCACAUUUAGAAUUCAAAUCAGUGUGAAAGAACUGCUGGAUACAGACAUACUUUUAAAGCUGUUAUUUCAUUUACCAGUCAAUUAUCCAUCAACUCCACCCGAUAUUUCUGUUAACUCAGACCAACUUACAAGGGCCCAGUGUAUGGACGUGAAAGAUAAAUUACUUGAACAAGCAAAGAAACAUCUUUCUGAACCCAUGGUACACGAUCUAAUUCUUUGGAUACAGCAGAAUCUUAAAUAUGUCAUUAAGCAAUCAGCAACAGUUUGCAAUGAAAAAACUACUUUGUCAAAAGGAACAAGUGCAGAGGAUGGUAUCUGGAUGCUCCUUUUGCAUUUAGAUCACAUGAGAGCAAAGGCAAAAUAUGUCAAAAUUGUGGAAAAAUGGGCUUCGGAUCUAAGGCUGACUGGAAGACUGAUGUUCAUGGGCAAGAUAAUAUUGAUUCUUCUUCAGGGUGACAGGAGCAACAUUAAGGAGUACUUGAUUCUUCAGAAAACUUCUAAGGUAGAUGUGGACUCAAGCGGAAAGAAAUGCAAAGAGAAAAUGAUCAGUGUGCUGUGUGAGACAAAAGUACAGUCACAGCAUAAAAGGUUUCAGACGUUUGAAGUCAAAGAAUAUUCAACACUGGAUGAGCUACAAAAAGAAUUUGAAACUGCAGGACUUACAACUCUUUUCUCUGAGUUUGUGCCUCCGCUCUUAAAAUAAAACUAAAAGAAAACACUGGACUCUUUGACCAAAGCAGUACUUGGCUGCAGAUGCUGAUGGAAGAUAAAAGGACUAAUUUGGCAAACAACGUUAAAGGUUUUCUGCAAAAAGUGCCAGAAGUAGCCAUCCUCUUGCAAGGAGGAGAAGGCAAUUCAUACAUUAAGAAUAGAUAAUUUUUUGACAUUUAUGUAUUAAUAACUUUUUCCAAGGAAUGUGGAGUUAAUUGUGAUAAUUGCAUGGCAAGCAUG